CUGUCAGUCCUUAUAACUUUUCAUAUAUUCACUGUUUCUUUUUUAUCAGAUUGCCCACUCAUGGAAGCUAGAAACCAAACACCUCUCUCAGAAUUCCUUCUCCUGGGACUGACAAAUGACCCAGAGCUGCAGCCCUUCAUCUUCAGCCUGUUCUUAUCCAUAUACCUGGUAACAGUACUGGGGAAUCUGCUCAUCAUUCUGGCCAUCAGCUCUGACUCCCAUCUUCAUAUCCCCAUGUACUUCUUCCUCUACUACUUGUCCCUUAAUGACAUCUGUUUAAGCACAACCACUGUCCCAAAGAUGCUGGUGAACAUCCAAACACAAGAUCAAAGCAUCACCUACACAGGCUGCCUUGCUCAGAUCUGUUUAGUGUUGGGUUUUUGUGGUUUUGAAAGUUGUCUCCUUGCAGCAAUGGCCUAUGACCGCUAUGUGGCCAUCUGCCAUCCACUUAGGUACACGGUCAUCAUGAGCACCCAUGUGUGUGUAUUAUUGACUCUCUCCUCCUUUUUCUUUAGCAUCAUGGAUGGACUGCUCCACAGUCUGAUGAUCCUAAGGCUGUCCUUCUACACAGAGAUGCAAAUCCCACACUUCUUCUGUGAACUCGCCCAGAUAAUCAGGCUCACUCGUUCUGACACUUUAGUUGAUAACAUAGUAAUAUAUGUUGCAGCUUUCAUCAUUGGUGGUGUUGCUGUGUUUGGCAUCAUGGUUUCUUAUGUUCACAUUGUAUCAUCAAUCUUGAGAAUGCCAUCAUCAGAAGGAAAGUAUAAAGCAUUUUCUACCUGUGGCUCUCAUCUCUCUGUUGUCACCUUGUUCUAUGGUACAGGUUUGGGGGUGUAUAUUAGUUAUUUAAUAACUGACUCAUCCAGAAAGGCUGCAGUGGCUUCAGUGAUGUAUAUUGUGAUCCCUCAAAUGAUGAAUCCCUUCAUCUACAGUCUGAGGAAUGGGGAUAUGAAGAAAGCUUUGUGGAAACUUAUUAAUAGGAUAGCUUCCCUUCUGCAGUGUGUUAGUAGCUCAAACUUUUGGGUCUCGGGUAGAAAAAAAUAA